GCUGGGCGAGGCGCGGCCCGGCCCGGAAGGGGAAGUUCGGACGUGCCACUCGGGCAGCGGGUGCGGGGCAGGAGCGUCGGUCCCGCAGCGUCUCCUCGUCCCCGCUGUGAGGAGCCGCUUGGGUGCUCGCUGUCCCCCCCCGCCUCCCCUGGGAGCGGCGCGGUGCGGGGGAGGGUUCCACUGGCUCAGGGACCGCACAGAAAGCGCCGAAAUGGAUGACUUCCCCUCCAUCUGCCUGCUGUCCCUGGCCAUGCUGGUUGCCUGCUAUGUGGCAGGAAUUAUCCCCUUGGCAGUUAAUUUUUCCGAGGAGAGGUUGAAGUUGGUGACUGUUCUGGGUGCUGGGCUGCUAUGUGGGACUGCCUUGGCUGUCAUUGUGCCAGAAGGAGUACAUGCACUUUAUGAAGAUAUUUUGGAGGGGAAGCAUCACCCGGCAAGCGAGAUGCAGCGAGUGAUUGAGUCUGAGAAUGUAGCAAAAGUCGCGGUUGUACCUGAGCAUGGCCAUGACCAUUCCAGGUUGCAUGCCUACAUCGGUGUAUCCCUUGUCCUCGGCUUUGUCUUCAUGCUAUUGGUGGAUCAGAUAGGCAGCUCUCAUGUGCACUCUACAGAUGAUCCAGAAGCUGCAAGAUCAGGCAACUCCAAGAUCACCACAACACUGGGACUAGUAGUCCAUGCUGCAGCUGAUGGUGUUGCAUUGGGUGCAGCAGCUUCUACUUCUCAGACUAGUGUCCAGUUGAUAGUGUUUGUUGCAAUUAUGUUGCACAAGGCACCAGCUGCCUUUGGCCUGGUUUCCUUCCUGAUGCAUGCGGGGCUAGAACGGAAUCGAAUUAGAAAACACUUGCUGGUCUUUGCAUUGGCAGCACCUGUUAUGUCGAUGGUGACAUACCUAGGGCUAAGCAAGAGUAGCAAAGAAGCUCUUUCAGAAGUCAAUGCCACUGGAGUUGCUAUGCUGUUUUCUGCUGGGACUUUUCUUUACGUUGCUACAGUUCAUGUCCUUCCAGAAGUAGGAGGAAUUGCUCAUAGCCACAAACCUGAAACAACUGGAGGAAAAGGACUCAGUCGUCUGGAGGUGGCAGCCCUAGUAUUAGGAUGCCUUAUUCCUCUAGUUUUGUCUAUUGGACACCAUCACUAAAUGCUCAGAUUUCACUGUUCUUCUCCUCGAUCUGACAUGAGCAGUAAAAUGUCGGCUGCUCCCUUUACCAUUGUCUCUUACCCAUCAUCCAUCCCAUGCACUGUAUGGAGUUCAGAGGGAAUCUUGAUUGCAAAAUGAGGAAUACUAGGAAAGUUUUUAGUGUAGCAAAAUGUACUUUGGCAGCCUCACAUAAAUUCUAUGUAACUUUCUCUUCUGAAGACAUUUGCUAUUUUAAUUGCUACUUCUGGCCCUAUUCUCAGGGAAGAUGGAAUUUGAAGUUUAAGGAAGGUAAGCAGGGAAGAACAUAGCGACUCAUCACGAAAUUGCAAUCACCAAAGUAUCCUGCAGUUCAACUUUCACAGCUGAGGGCAAAACUCACGGAUUGCUGCAUUAUGAAAGAUUGAAGUCUUACUGAUGAAGAAGGGGGCUCUGCUCUAUUGGUUCUACGCUGUCCUGGCGACAUAACUGGUCCUUGUGUUGUUCAUCACUAAUUGUAUUGCAGCAAUGGGCUACACUUGGAACUCUGGAUAACACUGCUAUUGUCACAGAAGUGUCACUUGAUAGGAAAGAAAUUAUGUAGACAAAGUGUAGGAUUAGACUAAGAAUCAGCCAGUUAAGAAAGUGCAAAUGAAUUUUGCAGUGUAUUCCAUUAUUUAAGACAAAGGAUAGAAGCAAGGAGAACAGUGUUUUGAUUGUUUAUGCAAUGGUUAAUAAAUUCUAAAAAGGCACUGUUUCUUGGGAGAUGGUCUUCUUCCAAGUCAGUCAUGUGUUAAGCACCAAAAAUGUUAGCAGGAAUUACAUCUUGGGUACUAUGAUUACACUACUGCUUCUAUUGAGAGAAAUACCCAUAGUGCCCUUUGAAAUAGAGCUGUUCUGGGCUCUGGGGAGUAGAAAUCUGAUGGAUACAGCAGUUAAGGGACCAGAGAACUUUACUAGCUCAUUUUCAAAAGUCCAAACUGCUGAAAUCAGUGGAGGGCUGUGUGAGUUUUUCACUAAAUAAAAGGUAUAAAGGAUAAUGAAACUAGAUGUUUAGUUAAAUAUUUAUGCUGCAGAUAGAGUACAAAGUGUUUCUAAAGCAGUUCUGAACAAAAAAACCCCAACAAACAAAAAACCAAACUGGUGGGUUCCAGUGGACUUGUUAGACAUUUUCUUCUUCCUUUGGGAAUUGUUCAUUCGCCUCUUACUGAGAAGCAUUAGUUUUAGUGAAUCUACUGAAGGACUUAUUGCCAAUUCCUGAUGUCCCUCACUGCAGAGGAGUGGUAAAAGAGCCCUCCAUUUCCCAGGCACAGCUUUGUCUUGUCAGGCACCAUUUUUCUUAUGCGGAAUAUAUUAUACUCUUAAUAACUGUAGUGCAUUGAAAAGUCAGGAAUUCUUGACAUGUACAGAAUCAACAUAACAUUCUUUCUUUAGGGGAAAACUUUUUAAUGCCAUACCUGUUUUAAACUGUACUUUGUCUGCACUUUUUAAAGAUAACAUUGCCAAAUGUAUUUUUCUUUUUGAUUGUUUUUUUGUUUGAAAUGAAUUGUCAAGGCUUGAAAUAUCUUCUUAACUGAAGUGCUUCUUGUUUCCAUUUGAAUGAGUGUCUGGUUCUGAUGCCAUUUAUUACUUAUACUACACAGCCCAUUGUGCCUCAUAACUUCUUCACAUUUUUGUCAUUGUUCUGUUUGUCUGUUAGUUCAGUAAUGGGUAUGGCCUGGCUCUUGGACUACUGGUUGCUUUGUCUGUUGGCUUUCUAACAAUACGGAUGUAUCCCAGGAUUGAACCUAGUAUUGAUUCCCA